UUGAUCGCGCUUAGAUCGUACCCGCACGGCCGAACAGUGUUCCGGUGUAUUGGCCGCGUGUUGUUUGCUUUUCUUGCUCCUUUCGCUAGUCGUAGUGUUUACUGCAAAAUUGCGCAGUCUUACCGCAGUUCUAGCUUAACGUCAACGACGGCGGUGGCGGCGAUGAUGAUGGUAAUGACGGUGAAGCUGAUGACGAUCGUGAAUGCUUUCGUAACGCAGCGAGCAAAAUAAUAGUUCACAUACCAGGCAAGCUGAAGAAAAAGUCAGAUUUUAACUUCACCCCUUCGGUCGGGUUUGUUGCUUAUGCUAACGCUCAAGUUCCCUGUGAAAAGCCGAUCGUUUGUGUUUAAGUUUUCCUAGUGAGUUGGGGGAAAAAGCGAGUGAUCGAUUUGUUGUCGCUGGAUUGUUUGUUUGUGUUUGUUGCUAAUUGAACAAGUGUUUUCGCACUUGCCCUCGACUUUGUUGCUCCAGUCAGGUCUGUUCAGCUUUGAAGCGACCGAACAGGCGCGGAUUCAUUCGGAUGUUGCUCAAGUGUUUCUUUACGAUUCGAGAGGUGUUUGGUUAGUAGCUGCAGAAUGCUAGAAUCAGCGGCUUUUUUUGCGACUUAGUCAUCAUUUGCGACGAAAAAGCUUCGCAGUGCCGCUCUAGCUUUGUUGUUGUCGUGAUUUGAAGCCAGUUUUGUGUAGCGAAACGAUUGAUUGAUUGAGAAUAGCUAGUGGUCCCCGAUUAAGCGCGAAAUAUAAGCAGAGGAAAAAGAAAUCUUACGUAAUAUUUAAAAAACACGCGAUCGUGCAGUGGGAAAAGAAAAGAGAGAAUUGGCGAAAAAGAAGCUCGGACGGACGGUUCAUCGUUCGUUUCGGUUUAGUGCGAUGUGAGCAAGAGGGAGAGAAAAGUUCGACGCAAAAGUCUUCGAAGCAAGCGCAUAGUUUGCAGUUAAAAUUAGCGGCAUUCGAGGUUGAAAAUCUUGCGUAAAAAUUCAGUUAAAACUACUAGUUCGUGACCGGUGCAUAAUUUUGUGUGUGCGAGUGACACAUAAAGUGAAAAUUUUGCGGCAAGUUGUUUGAUUUAUUGCCCUCGUUAGUGAUCAUUUUCGGUCCUUCUCACCGGCAGUCGGAACCAGUGCUACCGUUUCGCGAAAGGAAACUGCGACGAAGGAAUUGAAACGAAAAGUGUGGGGCUUCGUGGAAUAAACUUAGACCAAUUGUUUUGUAGCCAUUUAAUGCGAAGGGUUUCGCCCUCUACCAGAUUGGACAAUUUCAGUUUCGUUUAACUGACCGUCGCGGAUUGGGGGAAAAGUUCGGCGAAAGGAAAGGGUCGCACCGUCAUCAUCAUCAUCGUCAACGAGGGACGCUCACAGACGACAGCAUCCGCGGUUUCGGAACGAAGGAAAAACGCUGCCCGCCCUCCAGCAAGACGUACAGCAGCAACUCUCGGACAUUCCCCGGCGCUGAUUGAAGCCACCAUCAAUUUGCCGCUUUGGAAACGAUUCAUUCAUCAAUGCGCGCUCUUUUGCCUCCAACCCCGUGGCAGACUGGCCAACAUCGGAUUGCAGUCCGAAGGCAGUGAACGAACGAAAAAAUAAAUAAAAAACUCCAGCGCGAAACACACACUCAACAGCUCACACGAAGAAAAACAAUGCGAACGGUGGCCCCGCGUUGACCUUCUCUAACCCAGCCCUCACGAGAAGAAAACUCCGCGCAACGACUGGCGCAGCAUCAAGAUCUGCGAAAACUAUCGCCACCGUUUUUUUCCUGUUCACUAGGCACCGAACAUGUUUAUGACCAUCGGAAUUGAGUAGCUUCUAGUGACCAUCACGGGAAGAAAAUCACUGACCAAGGAGAAAAAACCGGGGGCAAUAAAAUAAUUACCAGCGUUUAACUACCGCCUUCUUCUCUCUUUCACCCUUAAUUCAGCCCUCGCACGAGCAGCACGAUACCUGCGGAAAAAUGUUGAAAAACAUCCACGAGCGGACAGUCAAAAAGGUCAAGGGUAACCAUUAUAUCGCCAACCAUGGUGGCCGCGACACCGUAGAUCUGCCGUACGCUCAAGCCAACCGGGGCUACUCAACGGACGGCGAGGACAGUCAGCGGGCGGCCUCGGAUCGAACCGUGUCGGAGUUCACGGUUAACAACGAACGGGCAACUCCGCCGACCGCACCGUCACGAAAAUCCCGCCCGAACGAAAAGUUCCAACAGAACGGAACCACCAACGGACCCGCCGGAGGUCCCCGGCCACUCUCUAGUCCACCGACGCGUGCCCCUCCACGGGCACCGUCGGCCCUCAGCUACGACCAUGGCGGGGAAACGGGAAGUGACAUCUACGUCACAUCAGCGGCUUACAAAGCGCCGUCGGAGAUUAGUCGUUACAGUGCCCACCGGAAUCACCAUUCGUCACGUGGACCCCGCAGUGUAUACAGUGUUGCUAGCACGGCAAAAACGGGACGCAGCUCACGACGCCACGGUGCUAAGGUGGAGGCGAUGUCCGCACCGAAUCCGUUCUGCCCGAACGUAAAAGGUGUCUGCUGUCUGAUGUUGCUCCUAAAUUUGGGUCUGAUUUUGGUCACUCUUGGUUUCGUGAUAGUGAUGCAAUUCAUGGAACCCCUUUUUGUAUGGAUUCUGGGCGUCAUCUUCCUGAUCUUCGGCUUCGCCACCCUCGUCGGCAGUAUGAUCUACUGCGUAAUAGUGUGCCGCGACGCUAAGACACCGGAUCAGCUACGCAACGAAGAUCUGUACUGGACUAAGCACUGGCAGAAGAGCAUCGGUUAUACGCCGCACGAGAUCGACUACAAGACGGACCGCUUUGACGAACGCGAUCGAUACUCUGACCGGUUCUCGGUCAGCAAAAUGAGCGGGAAGUACUCGGAUCGAGAGAUAACCCGAUACUAGGCAUCGGUUGAUUGGCGGACAGUGGGAAGCAAUCAUUUUACCACCUAUUUUCGAAAUGGAGCAACAAAUUUACAAACAAAACAGUUUUUGUUUUGCGGUUUUUUGCUGCGCAAAUAAACUUAAACGAAACCAGUGUUGUAGUAAGCGGAACGAUCGUUACUAAAUGAUUUAAUUUAAAGGAUUUCUGUUAAGCUUAACGAAGUGUAAUUUUAAUCUAAUACUUAGAAGGAGCAGCAACAAUCAGUCCGUAGAAUAAUGAUGAUUUUACUUUUAACCAUAAGCACAAAAAAAAGGAUGGAAUGACAUCUAAUGAAGGCAAUAUUCUUUUGUAUUCUUAUUAAAACGAAAUAAUAUUAACAAAAAAGCUCGAAUAUUGUUUUACAGAUUGUAUUGAACGAAUAAUGUACAUAACAAACAAAAAUGCAAAUAAAUUGAUUUUACUAAA